AUGGUCAAUGAAGGCAUUAAAAAUUUGGCUAUAUACUGUGUCUAUGUGCGAAAUCAUUCGGAAAGUGGCACGUUUCAAGGAGUCAUCGACGAUCUUCCACGAAUCGUCCGAAUGGGCAUUGAUGUUAUAUGGCUUUUACCCAUUCAUCCGAUUGGUAUAACUAAUCGUAAAGGUUCACUUGGUUCGCCAUAUUCGAUAACUGAUUUUCGUGCUAUCAAUCCAGAAUAUGGCACAAUGGACGGUUUUCAUCGUUUAGUGUCAGAAAUUCAUCGACUAGGUAUGAGACUCAUGAUUGACAUUGUCUACCGACACACUAGCCACGAUUGUUCAUGGGUAACAGAACAUCCAGAAUGGUAUAUAAGAGAUAAAAAGGACAAUCCUAUUUCUUUAAUGCCUCAAUGGACGGAUAUUUUGGAUUUGAAAUUUGAAGAAAAUGAAACGACAUUGUGGCCUGAACUAAUUGAUAUACUAAAGUUUUGGUGCAAACAUGGCGUCGACGGUUUUCGCAUGGAUGUUGCUUCUUGCAUUCCCAUGGAAUUCUGGCGGCAAGCUAGACAUUCCGUGACCGAAGUAAAUCCUCGUUGUAUCUGGUUGGCUGAAUCAAUUUGGUUCAGUGCCAUGAAAAGUUAUCGUAAUAGCAACGGAUUAAUCCAUACGGAUGCAGAACUCUAUCAAACAUUCGAUGUGUGUUAUGACUAUGAUCUGUAUGUGGCGUGGCGUGCUACCGUGCAAGGAGCCAUGCCGAUCAAAUCCUAUCUCGAACUUGUUCGUCUUCAAGCAUUCAUCUAUCCAAAAGACUUUAUCAAACUGAGAUUUGUCGAAAACCACGAUCAGAAUCGAAUUGCGUACAUCAGUCGAGACAAUCGAUGGAAAGCAUUGGCAUGGACAGGUCAGUUAAGACUUAGCAAAUAUUGUUUCUACUAG